UUUAUUUAUACGAUCCUGUAUCGAGCAUGGUGUACGAAAUCAAACCGGAAAUGGCCAGUUAAGCGAGGCAGCAUUCGCUCCGCGAUUCAUGAUUGUUUAUAUUUUGUCACAUUGAUGACAGCUGGAGAGAUCACGCUUUUUACUGAAAACGCAACGAAGAAUAUCAUUGGAAAUGAUUCCGCCGUGCGAUACUUUGAGAAUCCUUCAUUUGCCUCCGGAACUUUCUGAUGAACGGCGAGAUGCAUUAUUACAGAAAUAUGGUGCGACUAGCACUAAGACGAUACGGCCAUCCAGUACUUACACUAUCACUUUUGCCAAAUUCCCAUCCCAACAAUUGGCGGCAGAGGCAUUGCUGCGUCUACAUCAGUUAAAUGUCAAAGGACAAUAUUUGUCGAUUGAGUAUGCUAAAAAAUCUGUACCUGAGCUUGGGGAGAAAGGCUUUGAGCAUAAGAUACCAAUAAGCAGCGAUGCAAAAAUAGAAACUAUUAAUAAAUCUCUUGUCCAAACAUUUGUGCGAAAAUUAAACAAUUGGACGAUGAAUUAUGAGUUCAGUCAGUUGCCUCCACCAAAUAUAAGAUACAAGUAUAUCAAGCCAACAAGGAUCACAUUGAUGAGAAUAGCCAUACAGCUGUUAACUCAGCCAGCUUUUUAUACGCAGGUGUUGCAUUUGAUGAAUAAGAUGAAUCUACCUCCUCCCUUUGAAGAAUUAGAAACGGAAUUUCCUAUGCUCAGAGAAAUAUAUAACAUGGAGAAGUACAAAGAUAUAUUCUACGAGCACAAGAAUGAAGAGGAGACAGAGAAAGAGGAAUCUGAGUUGGAGUCUGAUGAGGAAGAUAAUGUCCGACCUCUAGAAAUUAUUCCUGUUAAGAGGAAACGACAGCAAUCUACAAAACGUUUGAAGAUACCAAAAUUUGUGAAUCCCGCCAAAAAUAUCGCAACUCCUUCGUCCACGCAAAAAGUCAAACCAGAAGAUAUGUUUGAGUCCGUUCAGCGCGGAGAGACUAAAAAUUUCAAGAUUGAAUUAAAGACUCUGGACAAAUCAUUGGAAGCAAUGCCCGCUAAUCAAGAUAAUAUCGUGACUGUAGACGGCGGAUUCGGCCUGAUAUUUCCAAUUAAUAAAACUGCUGAGGACGCGAAGGAUAACGGAGAGACCGUGGAAACGCAAAAGAAUAAGUUUAUAACUUCUGAGGAAUUGGCAGCUAAUAAAAUCUCCGCUAACGACCAGAGGCUACUUCCUGUGUUCAAAAAUUAUCACGCGGGCAAACCUUCCAACCGCCUCUACAUAAAAAAUCUCGCAAAGCAAGUGGAAAUGAACGAUCUACAUUAUAUUUAUCAAAGAUACGUUAUUGCUGGCUUGAAAGACGCCGAGAAUGAUUACGAUGUACGACUUAUGCAAGAGGGUAGGAUGAAGGGGCAAGCCUUUAUUACUUUACAAAAUACCGUACAGGCAAAAAUGGCUCUUGAGGAAACUAACGGAUAUAUUUUAAAAGAUAAGCCUAUGGUUGUACAAUUUGCCAAAACUGUUAAAAAUUGAUAUAUAUCAUGCUGCUUUGAACUUAAUUUAUUUCACGACAUAUUCACGACAUCACGACAUAACAACAAUUAACUGUUGUUGACUAAAAAAAUAUUAUACUUUUAGAAUAAAUGAUUAUAAAUUACAGUCGAAGCAGUUUUGUUGACGCAAUUUUAUUCAACAAUUGAAAAUUAAAACUACCUAAUUUGUAUGUGUUAUAUUUCACUUGGACAAAUGUUUAAUUAUUUAGAAUGUGAUAAACUUUGAUAAUGAUUUAUUUUUAAAAAGCAAUAUAUAUGUUUAGACGCGAAUCUUUAAAUGUUUCUUGUUGCGAUUUAUCUAAUAAUCCACCUUCCUUUCACAUUUAUCUAAAAAAGAAUAAAAAUUACUUAAAUUAAUAAGAUAUACAACGUGAGAUAUAAAUGAAGAAAUCAAAGGUACUUUUUUUACCAGAGGUACCUUUGCACAACAGGUGUUUAACUCGAAGCUAGUUUAUAGGAUAUUUCUGAAUCUUGCUUGUGAAAUUCAGGACAUUAUAUAUCUGAUCAAGAACAGUCUUGUAUAAUAAACAGAGUGAUAUUAUAUAAUUUAUACAAAGCACGCGCAUAGAUGAUACCGCACGAAAGAACAUUUUCAAUAAAUGCGAUUUUAUUUAUUAA